CCUCCAUGGCUCGGGCCGGGAUAGCUGCGGGACCGCCUCUCCCCGCUCACAUCAGCCCGUCCCAUUGGAUCAGGCAGGGGAGGCCUGCUGCGGGCCCAUCCGCCGCGGGCUGGCGUUUGGUGGGUCCCCGGAGGCGGGCGUUCUCUGCCGGGGCUCCCCCCCCGUGGAACAUCCUCCCCCGUGAAAUUGGGCCCGCCCCUUCCCUGCUGUCGUUGGGGAAGCCCUUCAAGGCCCGGCUGUGUCUCAGUCAGGCCUGGGGGAUCACUGGGAACGACCAGUUCCCCUUGAAUAUGGCUGACGUUCGUGCUCUCCCGGCAGGAAAAAGGAGAAAAAGAUGAAAUGGUGACAAUAGGAGGGAGAAGUCUUUGACCUUCCAGAUGUGGUGUUCCAACUCCCAUCAGCUCCAACCACUUGGCUGCCAUCCAGGAAUGAUGGAAUUGAUUCUUCAGAGAACAUGCUAUGGGCACCCAGUUUCCCCACUGCUGAGUUAAACCAGUCUUUCUCAACCUCGGCAACUUGAAGAUGUGUGGACUUCAGCUCCCAGAAUUCCCCAGCCAGCCACUGAAGUCCACACAUCUUAAACGUGCUGAGGUUGAGAAAGACUGAGCUAGAGGAAGCAAUAAGCUUUGAUUUGCUCAAUUGUGAUUUAUCAAACAAACCAUCUUCAUCUGGGUUCGUGCAACACUCUAAUCCCAAACUGAAGGAAUAACGUAUGAUUUAGCACAGUGUAUAACCCGAUUACUGUUUUUUGAAUGGGAGAACUUGGAAUGUUAAUAGGUUUACUGUAGGAUAGAUCUAGUCUUUCUGUAUCCCAGAUCAGUUUCCAUCAAUUAUAACUAUGGAUGUGCAGUACUUUGGAUCCAAAAACCUAUCCCUUUGGCGUACAGACUGAAUAUCAUCAUCAUCAUCACCUAUUUAUUUAUUUUUAUUUAUUUAUCAAAUCUGUCACUGCCCAUCUCCUCCGAACGGAGGGACUCUGGGCAGUUUACAACAUAAAACAAUAACUAUAUAAUAAAAUUCCAAUAUAAAUAUAGACUAAAACCAUUUUAAAAACUACCAAAUAUAAUAAAAUCCCUAUGGCUGUGGUCUCAUUCAGUCAUUGUGUAGGAGGGGCGCUUCAAGGCACUAGCCAACCCCAAGUAUGACUAUUCUCCUCUCUGCCCCAAGCCCGAAGGCAGAGUCAGGCCUUCAACUUCCUCCGGAAGGCUAGGAGCAAUGGGGCUAAUCUCACCUCCGGGGGCAGGAUGUUCCAAAGGGCAGGCGCUACUGCUGAGUAGGCCCGCCUCCUGGACCCCGCCAGAUGGAAUUCUCUUGCAGACGGGGUCCGCAGCAUGCCCUCUCUGCGUGACUGGGUGGGACGGGCUGAUGAAGCGGGGAAGAGGCGGUCCCUCGGGUAAUCCGGCCCCAUGCCAUGUAGGGCUUUAAAGGUGAUAACCAACACCUUGAAUUGGACCUGGAAGCAAUCUGUAAUUUAAUGAGCACCAUAGGCUUAAAACAAGGCAACCCCGUCUGCAGAUUGGGUUGGACCUCAACGUCAUCAGCAACGGAGUCAGUAUAGUGAAGGCUGGAGAGGCAGACUCCUUGGAGCCUCCCUUCCUGGGCUGCAAGCAUCCAGAAGACCACUAGACAGCAGGAAAAUCUGCUUCUUUUUGCUGCCGCACUUAGCCCUAAUCCAGAUUUUUGCAGGCCAAACUUGGUCACCCUAGCAUGGUAUCUCAGUAGGAUCCCCAGCAGAAGAGCAGUGUGGAAGGAAACUUUCAUAUCUGCCUCAGUUGGUGUUCCAGACUCAGCUGUUGCCUUAGGACAGUGUUUCUCAAACUUGGCAACUUUAAGUUGGCAACUUAAAGUUGCCAAGUUUGAGAAACACUGCCUUAGGAGCAUUGCACAUGGAGCCCCAUGGUGGCUGCUGGGUGUUUUCCAGAUCUGGGCUGCAAUAAUUGUGACUGUCAGUAGGAGGCAACAAAGAGGAGCAGGAAAUGCUGCUCAUUUCUGCCAUCUCGUGGCCAUUUGUUUGUUUGCAGGCCAGAUAGGGUAGGCCAGAAAGAGCAAGAUUUUCAAGUAGCUGAAUAGGAAGGGGAGAGCAAGACCAGCCUGAAUCUGAGGGUCAAGAUGAGGGAGGAAGGGACACUCAGGGUGACUGAAGAACAAGAGGGAGAGACUUGGGGGGCUCUGGCCCACUGCUCUGGUGCCAGCUGCAGGGAAGAAGUGACCGUGUGGUCUCCUUCAGUUGCCACCACCUGGUGGGGAGGUUGAAUGCCUGGGGGGACUUCAUCUGAGAAGUUUGCUUUGGGGCUCAGAGGGCUGCUAGAGAUAAGGACAGGUGGUAUCAUUUUCUGAAGUGCCACUUGCAUAUACAGGUAGUCUUCACUUAAUGUCAGUUCGUUUAGUGACGGUUCGGACUCACGACAUUGCUGAAAAUCCAACUUGCGACCAGUCCUUGCACUUAUGACCAUUGCGGUGUCCCCACGGUCACGUAAUCAAAAUUCAGACGCUUGGCAACUGGUUCACAUUGAUGACGGUUGCAGUGUCCCACCAUCACAUGAUCACCAUUUUUGACCUUCCCAGCCAGCUUCCAGCAAGCAAAAUCAGUGGGGAACCCCCACAUGAUUCACUUAAUGACCACUGCAACAAAGGUUGUAAAAUCAGGUUGGAUUUGCUUAAUGACCGCUUUGCUUAGCAACUGAAAUUCUGGUCCCAGUUGUGGUUGUUAAGUGAGGACUACCUGUAUAAACCUUGAUCGUCCAUAUCCUGCCUUAAUUCCCUUGAAUUGUCUUAAGAAAAGCCAGACCAGAAUACAAAGGGGAGCAGCUGGGGUGGGGACUGAUUUUCUCCUCCCUAGGCUUUGGGGAGAGCUUUUAGGAUCUCCUGUAGUUCCUCUCUCCUAUUUUGUGGGUUUUCUGCCUUCACAUGGCAAACUCUGUACUACCAAUUUUCAGGAGCUGAGGUCAAAGAGAGACAGUCCAGGAGCUGCUAAAUGUAUUUGGUGGCCACAAGUAACCCUGGGCUUUGUGUGGUCCACCCCCACAGAAGAGGCUGUGUGGAGUUGGACCAGGAGUGGCUGUGGGGAGACCCAGGUCCAAUCCCCCUUCAGCCAUAAAGCUCCCUGGGGACUCAGGGCCAGUCCCUUCCUCUCCACCCCACAGCCAGGGCAAGGUUGUGGUGAACAUGCUGAUGUAGGAGUGGGGAGAUUCUCAGCCCAACCCAAGAGGGUUGUUGUGUGGAAAACUGGUAGGAGGGAGCCUGGAGCUUUGGAAUGAAAGAUGGGAUACAAAUCUACUAAAUGACAAUUGAUUGGUGGGAUCCUGUGGGAUCUAAUUGCUUCUUUUGGCAAGUGACGACAAUGUCAUUGAUAAUUGUCCAUUGAGGAAUGACAUCUGAUUACUGCGGAAUCUCAUUUCUUCCUUUGCUGCCCAGGGAUACCCCAAGGAUGAAAACCGAAAGGGAGGUUGCCGCCAGUCCCACUGCCGACUCUGAGGGGGGCCUCCAGCUUGUGGUGGCUGGGACGGUGGGAGAGGGCUUGCCUCGAGCGAUGCCACAGCAGAUUAAACUGGAGCCAGAAGAAGGACAGUUGGCAUCCUGGGAAGCCCAGUGGCAGGAUUUCCUAAAGGUAGCGGAGUCCUCUUGCUCCAUGUGGGGAAACACCCCACAGCUGGGGGCCAAGGACUCCUUCGUGGUCCCAGAGAGCCACCAGGAUCCCAGUGGAAGAAGGAUAGCGGCGGUCCCACCAGCCUUUAAGCAGGAUGAGCAAACAAGUUCCAGCAGCCUGAAACGCGGAGAUCUAAGAGCUGAUCCUGGGGGCAGUCCCAGCCAUGAGACGCUGGACGAGGAAGCCCAUCGCCAACAUUUCAGGGGGUUCUGCUACCAACCAUCCGAAGGUCCCAGGACAGCUUGCAAGAGGCUCAGGAAAUUCUGCUGGGGGUGGCUGCAACCAGAGAGACGCACCAAAGACCAGAUCCUGGAACUGGUGAUCCUGGAGCAGUUCCUGGAGAUCCUGCCUCUGGAGAUCCAGAGAAGGAUCAGGGAAUAUGGACCAGAGACAUGCUCGCUGGCAGUAGCUCUGGCAGAGGAUUUCUUGCUGAGGCAGCAGGAGGCAGAGCAACGGGAAGGGCAGGUCUCAAGUCCAGUUCAUGAACAGGCUGGAGAUUUCUCUGGAUCCGGACAGCCUUCACUGGGGACCAGAGAGAGGCCUCUCGGUAAAGAGAUCAAGCUGGAGAGAAAUAAAGAUGUUUCCUUAUUAGGAAGUGACCAAGAGAUAUAUCACCAUGUCGAGGAACACCAGAAAGUGACUGUUGGCACAUCAGAGAUAAAAGGUGGAGUUUUUGACUGUCGAGUGGAAAAUGAAACGCAGGCGUGUAAGAAGAAACCUAUUGAUGAGCAGGAUGGGGUCAACCUUUGGAGAUUUUCAGCCCCCACAAGACUGCACAAAGAAGGGGGAAGGAACACAUGUCUCCUUUGUGGGAAAGGGUUCACCCGAAAAUCCAGCUUGAAUAGGCAUCUUAUUAUUCAUACUGGGGAGAAGCCCUACAAAUGUUCUCACUGUGGGAAAAGCUUUAAUCGGAAGACAAAUCUUCUUUCCCAUGAGAUGGUCCACGCCAGGGAGAAGUCGUACCAAUGUUCGGACUGCGGGAAGAGCUUCAAACCGAAGUGGGGUGUCACCGCCUACCAGAGAGACCACACUGGAGAGAAGGUGUACAGGUGUGCUCCUUGCAAGAAGAGCUUCAGGCAAAGGAGAAGCAGACUGUUGAACGAGCAGAGGAAGGAGGGACCCCCAGGACAAUUGAAAGGGGAGUGGAAAGGAGGGGUCUUUGGUCCUCCAGCGGAACAGGAGAAGCAGGUGGAAGAUGAGGUCACAGAAGGGGAAAAUAUAGCCGGGAUAGAUCCGUAUGGGGACCUCGGUCAACUUAACAGCUCUCCAAAGGUGUAUAAGGGAAAGCAGAGGAGCCCCUGCCCAAUCUGUGGGAAGGUCUUUGCCACACAAUCGAGUGUGAACCGACACCAGAGAAUCCACACGGGAGAGAAGCCGUAUCAGUGCUCCGACUGUGGGAAAAGCUUUAAUCAGAAGACGACCCUCCUCACCCACACCGCCAUCCACACCCAGCAGAAGCCGUAUCAGUGUUCCGAGUGUGGGAAACACUUCCGGCAUUCCUCGGGCUUGCUGGUGCACCAGAGGAUGCACACGGGAGAGAAGCCCUACAAAUGUGCCAUCUGCCGGAAGAACUUCAGCCAACGUGCACACGUGAUCAAACACUUCGUGAGAAAGCAUGCGCGAGAGAAACCGCCAGCUUUCCUUUCUCAGCCCCCCAGUAAUGGUGGCAGCUAAAAUAGAACAGCACACUCCGGCUUUAGCUAGGAAAUGGUUUCUCCUCUGGUGUCCUCACAACUUUGUUUCCUUGUAGUUCACUCAGCACUUAAACCAGGAAUGCGCAACCUGCAGCCUUGAGUCACAAGGGGUGGGAUGCCAUUUUGCGGAGGGAUCUCUCAACAAGCACAAAUUAAGAUCUAACGUAGGCUUGCCAGUGCUUUAAAACAACUCCUCCCCAAAUUCAGUGGGAGGGGAAAACAGCCCUGUCUGUUUGGGCCACCGAUUCUGCUGAAGGUGAAGAUGAAAAGGUGAAGCUGGUUUUCAGCCACCUCAGCAAAAUUGCUCAGCCCUGCAAAACAGCUGCUGAUGUCAAGCUUCCCAAAGGCAGGGAAACUACAUCUUAAUUGUACAGGUAGUCCUCGCUUACCGACUGCCUCAUUCAGGGACCAUUCAAAGUUACAACAGUCCUGGAAAAAUAACUUUACAACCAAUGUCCGCAUUUAUGACUUUUGCAGCGUCCCUCAGUCACAUGAUUGCUCUUAUAGUCAGUACACGUCCUGCACCUGACCUGUUGUUUUUCUUUUUCCCCCACUGCAGAGCAGAUUGGAAAGGAUUACAAGAGAGUAAGGCAGGCACACAAUGGGGAAUACGCCAGGCUGUUUGCGUAGUAUGCUUAGGGCUGCCGAAGCCAACGCAUUCCUUUUGCUGUGGAUUCCCCAUUGUGUGCCUGCCUUACUCUCUUGUAAUCCCUUCCUCUCCAAUGAACGUAAAUACACAUGUGAAUUUCCUUCUUGCUAAUUAUCCCAGUGCCAGGGUAAGCAUUCCAAAGGGUGGGGGAAUGGGGAAAAGAGACGGCCAGUCAUGGUCACAUGAUUUCCCACUUAGCAACCGCUUCACAAUGACGGCGGUUGUGGUCACUAAACGAGGACUACCUGUAUUCCAGAAUAUGGUAGCCAUAUAAAAGACUUGGCAAGUUUUUGUGUUAAUGGUAACGAUUGGAAUGUAUAACUGGUGGUAGCUAAACCCUUGGGGUUCUCUUGCACUGUAGCUCUCUCGGAAGACAAUACUUGGUUUUUAUCCUAUCUCUAACCUUCAUAGUGUCCAUGCAGACACAUCUAUAGUGUAUGUGUAGAGGGGGAAAUGGUGGAAACACGUUGUACCAUUGUGGCCUAAGCUCCACCCCUUUUGUACAUGUGCCAGGACAUAGGCAGAUAAGAAAGGGACAGAGCUUGUGCUGCAAUGGUGCAACACUGCUUUCAUCGUUUUGAUAGACGCAUUGGAUCCUGCAGAUGCUUCUGUGUUGACGUAUAACACUUUCUAAUACUUUUUUUAAAUUUAAAUUUUCAUUUGAAUUUCAAAAAUUCACAUAGCGCUGGUACAAUUUUAACACGUCCAUAGUGUUGGAUGCAAAUUGUUUCCCAGAUGCUUAUCCCUUACGUAAACAACUGCAUUGCACCAUUCCUUCUGUAGCAGUGUUUCUCAAUCUUGGCAACUUUAAGGUGUGUGGACUUCAACUCCCAGAAUUCCCCAGCCAGCCAUGCUGGAUAGGGAAUUCUGGGAGUUGGAGUCCAUACAUCUUAGUUGCCGAGGUUGAGAGACACUGUUCUAAAACAACAAUUUACUAUUUUGGCUUGUCAUACAAUGGAUUUUAUCAGAGACUUUUUCAGGUAAAGCUAUAGAUAUUACCAUGCCAUCUAUCCUCUGAAAUAUUACCCAGACAUUCCCAUUGUUUAGCAAUGACUGAUUUGGUUGCUAUAAGUAAAAACUCAAUAACUUUUUUACUUGGCAAUUUCUUACUCUAGCCAUCAAAUAUGUAUAGCGAACUUAACUUUGGAAAGAAGUGAAAUCUUUUGUUUAGUUAUGUUUACUUAAUUAUCAUUGAUGUAAACUAAUGCUUGUUUACAUUCUCUGCAUUCCUGCUUUCCUGCUGAGAGGCUGGAAUCUUUCAGCCCUUUACUACACCCUCCCAGCAAAUAGUUUUGACUUGGUUCACUGUUGCAAGUGAUGGGCGCCAGCCUUGCCAAUGGAGAGGGAAGACGGAGAUUAGUUACCCCUCAUAGAAGCUGAUUCAAAUAAACCUAAUAAGAACAAUG